AUGAGGUUUGAGGAGGUCCUGGAGGAGGUCGGGGGGUUCUCCAGGUUUCAGUUCCUGGUGCUGCACCUGCUCUGCUUCCCCCGGGUGAUCCUGCCCUUCCACUUCCUGCUGCACAACUUCAUCUCCGGGGUGCCCCCCCACCGCUGCGCCCUCCCCCACCUGGAGGACGGGGGCGCCUUCGCCGACGCCGAGACCCUCUCUCUCAACAUUCCCCAGGACCCUGACGGUUCCCUGAGCUCCUGCAGGUCCUUUGCCUCCCCGCGCCUGCACCCUCCUUCCGGAAACCUCUCCAAUGUCUCUGACACGGUGCCCUGCCAGCACGGCUGGGUGUACAACCGCUCCCAGCUCCUCUCCACCACUGCCACUCAGUGGGAUCUGGUAUGCGACAACAAAAAACUGAACCAGAGCCUGGCCACACUCUUCUUUGUGGGAGUCACUAUUGGUGCAGUAUUAUUUGGCAACUUGUCAGAUAAGUUUGGCCGCAAACCCAUGCUCCUGGUGUCAUUUGCGGCCACCGCUGUGCUUGGCACCGUGUCCGCCUUCUCUGUCUCCUACACUAUGUUCGCCGUAAUCAGGACUCUCUGUGGAGUGGCUCUGACUGGAAUGACCAUCACCACCCUGGCUCUAAGUAUAGAGUGGACAGACAUCAAGCACCGAACUUUUACCGGCACCAUCAUGGGCCUAUCCUGGAGCGUUGGCAACAUGCUGCUGGCCCUACUGGCCUACUUCAUCAGAGACUGGAGGCAGCUCAUGCUUGUCGUCACAUCCCCCUGCCUAGCGGCCAUCAUUGCUUGGUGGUGGAUCCCUGAGUCUGCAAGAUGGCUGCUGGCCAAUGGGAAAGUGGAGAAAGCCCACACAUACCUGUCCCAGUGUGCAAAAAUGAACAGAAAGUAUGGUUACUCCACCACUUUUGACACAGAGGUUCUGAGAAAGGUAGCCGAAUCCGAGGACUCCAGCAAAAACUACUCCUAUUUGGAUCUAGUGAAGACGCCCAAAUUGAGGAAACUCACCUUUUGCUCAGGGAUCGUCUGGUUUGCAGUUGCUUUCACGUACUACGGGAUCAGCUUCAGAAUCACGGGUUUUGGUUUCAACAUGUACCUCACGCAUUUUGUGUACGCGGCCAUUGAAAUUCCAGCCAAGGUGGGGACAUACUUCGCCCUUGAUCGUAUUGGUCGAAGGAACGGCCAGGCCUGGUCCCUCAUCAUUACUGGGGUCAUGAUUGGAAUAAACACAGUCAUACCCACAGAGUACGCCCUGGUCCGAACAUUGGUGGCAGUUCUUGGUAAGGGCUUCUCCGAGGCAGCCUUCACCACAGCCUUCCUGUACACAGCUGAGCUUUACCCAACUGUCAUUAGGCAGUGUGGUCUUGGGUACACCUCAUUCAUCGGUCGGAUAGGAAGCUCCAUGGCUCCGCUUGUGAUGCUCCUGGAAGAUACCUGGGUCUUCACCCCUCCUGUGAUAUUUGCCCUGGUUGCAAUUUUUAGUGGGUGUGUCACGUUCCUGCUCACAGAGACACUGAAUGUGCGACUCCCAGAGACAAUACAGGACGUUGAGGAGGAAAGGCAUAAAGGUGCCCAUGAAAGCACACCUGCUAAUAUUGAACUAAGUGAGAUCCAGGGAAGACCACCGAUGUGA